CACCAUUGAGUUCCUAGAAUCGAGAUGGCCAGCUCCCUCCCCACCCUGGCUAUUCCCGGCCAGCGUCUGGGUCCGGUGACCACCUAUGCUGCCGGACCCGGAACGCACGUGCAGAACGCUCACGUUUACGCGUCCAUCGCGGGGCCCGUCGUCCUUGACCCUGCCAAUGCCAGCUCGCAAGCCAAGUCCACCCUCACCGUCUCGCGGAACGCUGCUUCGACGGGUCAAAAGACCUCCGCUCCGCUGUCCCGGAAGUACAACACCCUCCCCGCCGUCGAUUCGAUCGUGCUGGCGCGCGUGACCCGGGUGCAGAAACGGCAGGUGACGGUGUCGAUUCUGGUCGUGCUGGACGAAUCCGCGACGGCGCCCCGGUCGGCGAAUGCCGCGUCGGACAACGACAACGUCGAGGCCAUCCUCAGCGUGGCGGCCAACCCGGAGAACCACAGCAGCGCCGACGAGCUGCGGUUCCAGGCUCUCAUCCGCAAGGAGGACGUGCGGGCCGUCGAGAAGGACCGUGUCGUCGUCGACGAGAUGUUCCGCGUGGGCGACAUCGUCCGCGGCUCCGUCAUCUCCCUCGGCGACCAGAGCUUCUACUACCUGACCACGGCGCGGAACGACCUCGGCGUCGUCAUGGCUCGCAGCGAGGCGGGCAAUAUGAUGUUUCCAGUGAGCUGGAAGGAGAUGAGAGAUCCGGUCACGGGGCAGGCUGAGCUGCGGAAGGUGGCGCGGCCCUUUUGAGUGUGAUGUCGGUUAGAAGUUCUCUUCUACACUGGACAACCCUACCUGCUGGACGACCCGACCGUUGGCGAGUAUCGUAUCAUAAUCCCGAUAGACAUCCUUGGAACCCGGACCUCUGGGUCUCAGACCGCCAUGAGGGAGUACGUCGCCCUCAGGGCAAACCUCAUGUCUUUGCAGCGGCCUCUCGCCGCGUCCGGCCGUGGAGCAAACGAGGCAGUCAGCCGGUUCCUCACCCAGCCAUGACAGGCAGUCUUUGAGGACAGGAACGGCAGACCCCGCCCGACAGACUCCCAGAGCCACGACGCAGCAUUCCCAAGACACGGACGGAAGCCGUGCAAGCACACUGUUACUACUCAUCAGUAC